CUCUUCUGCGCAUGCGCGGUCAUGGUUCGUUGAAGCUUAAAUAGUUGUAACCUAACAAACACCAUAGAGGGGGAGCAAAAUGAGGGACUGACCCUCACCCUGUGAGAUAUGAACUAUUUCUGAGUGGACACACACUCACACACACACUGUCGGCUCAGCUCUGCUGUGUCUUUUUACUCACCGGUUCCUGGAGAAAUGCAGAGACUGUGGUGUCUGAGAAGCGGCUUGCAGCUGCUGAAGUCCAGCUGUGAGGGAACAUCAAAACAAACCAACAAAUGGCUUUCGACCUCCAGACGUUACAGCCAUGCCUCCAGCUCCUUCGGGCUCCUCUUUGACAUUGACGGGGUGCUGGUGCGAGGCAGGACGCCAAUCCCUGCUGCCAAAGAGUGCUUCAAGAAUCUGGUGGACCGCAAUGGGCAAUACAAGGUGCCUGUGGUGUUUGUCACUAAUGCCGGGAACUGCAUGAGGCAGACGAAAGCUGAACACCUGUCACAGCUCCUUGAGGUGGAGGUGUCUCCAGACCAGGUGAUGCUCUCCCACAGUCCUUUGCGAAUGUUCACCCAGUUCCACAAAAAGUGUGUGCUGGUGUCGGGCCAGGGUCCCGUGGAGGAAGUUGCUCACAAUCUGGGCUUUCAGGACAUUGUGACUAUAGAAAUGCUGAGAGACGCAUAUCCUCUUCUAGAUGUCGUGGAUCACAACAGAAGGCCCAGAGGCAGUAUUCCACCCACAAAAGGCUUAGGGCCAAUCGACGCUGUUGUCUUAUUUGGUGAGCCAAUCAGAUGGGAGACCAACCUCCAGCUUCUUACUGACGUGCUCCUGACAAAUGGGAACCCAGGCAGUGACUGGAGUUCGGCACGGUACCCUCACAUCCCGGUCCUGGCCUGUAACAUGGACCUGCUGUGGAUGGCAGAGGCGAAGAAUCCGAGGUUUGGUCAUGGUAUGUUCCUGGUCUGCUUAGAAAGUCUUUACAAGAAGAUCACGGGGUAUGAGCUCAAGUACGAGGCUCUGAUCGGUAAACCCAGUGUGGUGACGUACAAUUAUGCUGAGCUGCUGAUCAGACAGCAGGCUGAGAAACUUGGCUGGACCACACCUGUGAAGAGGCUGUAUGCUAUAGGUGAUAAUCCCAUGGCUGAUAUAUACGGCGCCAACCUCUAUGACCACUACCUCAAUGCUUCUCGGUCUACCAAGGCCCAGAAACAGGCCCAGAGUGGUGGAGGAAGAGUAGAUCCCCUCACAGAAGCUGAUGCCCCUAAAAUGCCUUCAGCAGAGCAAGGAGAGUUUGGAAUUAACCCAGAAGAGGAAGAACUGCCUGACAGCUGCAGCUCCAUCCUGGUGUGCACAGGAGUGUACAGCAGAGAUCAGCAGGAGCUGCCCUCAGACACGACCCAGACCGUCACCAAGCAGCACAUCUUCCAUGGUCACCGGGACUUCGGCUUUGACCCCAGCCUCACGCAGCCGUCCUUCACGGUGCAGGAUGUGAAGGAGGCGGUGGAGCUGGUGUUCCAGCAGGAGGGUUGGCCCCUGGAGUAACACACGCACUCCAGCCUUGUAGUAACCAGCUCACCCCAUAGAAGCAAGUGUGUCACAGGGAAGAUGUACUGUAGCUGUUACUGUGGCUAGGUCUUAAAGAUUUUUUUAAAUAAGUGCCAUAGAAUCAGCUGUAAUAAGUAACAAAUGCAGUUUUAACACCAACUACAGGAACGUUGCAGGCAUAAAAGUCGGUUUUACAGGGUAGUGGGUCACAAACAGUCUUGUUUUAUGCAUAUACACAGAAGUUUACAGAUUUUCUAGCUGUUAACAUUUAUUUUAACUAAAGUCUGUAAGUUCACUUUACUUUAAUGUUGAGACUGAUCCAGGAAGACCCUUCAUACAUCUGCUGAUAAUAUAUAUAAAUAUAUAUAUAUAUAUAACACACAUUGUCCUGACAAAGAUGGAUUUUAUUCUCUGCACAACAGUUUGCCUAACUCCACCAUCUUGUCUUUCCAAAAUAUGCAUCCAUUAGCAGGUAACCCAGUUCUGCUUGUAUUACUGUCAUGUGCUUUAGCUUGAUUUGUUUCAUAAGCUAUGAAUAACAUGUAACCACUAAGGCCGAUGAGAUUAAGUAGCCAGGUCUCAGUUUAGUACCUCAUUAGAUUUAAUUUAAUCAAUUUUCAGUAGGAUGGUAGAUUUUAUUUGACUUCUUUAAAGUUGUUACAGUUGUGAAAAUCCUAUGAAUGGAUCAUGUGAACGUCUAUUGUCCAAUGUAAGACUUUUGAGAGAGAAUAUGGAAUUACAGCACAAAUGGUUCUAAACUAAAG